AUGCUACCGCUGCAGACCGUGGUUGGGGCAGCCGAUCGUACUGAGUUCAGUUUCGUGGAGUGGUUGUUUACCCGAUCUCUGGUGAAACAUCGUCAUGCAAGAGAUCCCACCCGGUGGUGCUCCGUCCCCAGCGUCAAAGUACACCAGGUUGACCGGAUUGAAAACAGGACAUUCCUGAAACGAUACAUGCAGCGGCGAGAAGAGCUGCUCGAAGAGAGAGCAGGCCACAGCUGCUCCGCCUUGCGCGACAUCAAGACUUGGAUGGGCAAGACUCUUUCUGUACGACGAUCAGUAGAAGAGAUUUGCCGUUGCUCCGAGUCGGGUGUGAACUUGAAUGAGGUGCUGCUGUUCCAUGGAUCUACGCAUGGAAAAAUCAACGGCAUCUUGAACGGAGGGUUCGAUCCCCGGCUCGCGGGGCUGGGAACUGGAGCCAUGUUUGGCCAAGGAAGCUAUUUUGCGCACAAUGCUUCGAAGUGCUUCCGGUAUGCAGGUGAUGGCGGCUCCUCUACUGGAUUGCGGCAAUGUGUUGUUGUCGCCCGGGCAGUGCUCGGUAACCCGCACUACCAAGAGCACAUGUGUCCUGACCGGCGAUUGCCGCCAGCAAAUUGCCAUUCGUUAGUUGCCUUGACGAAGGCAGAAGGUGGAUGUGUGGAUCACCGUGAGUACGUGCUGUACGACAAAGCCGCCAUUUUGCCUCUCUACCUCGUCGAUUUUGAGCACUUGCCAGACUGUGGGUGCUGCAUGUGUAGCCCGUGA